AUGACUUGCUCCAUCCUGGAUGGAUGUGUUAAAGCGGUGAACAUCAUCACAUGUCACGAAGGGAUUUCCUACCUGGACUGCCGAGGUAUUACAUAUAAGCGUCUACUUACCUGUGAAUGGGAGACCGCUCAUCUCAGCUGUGAUGGUUUGGCAACCAUUGAAGUACUUUCAGCCAAUUAUGGACGUACAAACAGUUUCGCCUGCUCUACAGGAAGACCAGCCAGUCAGCUCUCAAACAUCCAGUGCCUUCAGACUACAUCUGUCUCUGUGAUGGCCAAUAUAUGUAAUGGGAGACAGAAUUGUUUGGUUUCAGCGAGUAAUGACGUUUUUGGCGAUCCAUGCGUAGGAACUUUCAAAUACCUGAUGGUGACCUAUUCCUGUGUCCCAAUAUGUGAUCAAUUCUACUUCUUAUCAACAGACCCCAAAUUUAUCAAAAUACUUUUAGCAAAUUAUGGUCGUACAAACGGUGUGACCUGCUCUUAUGGAAAACCGGCCAGCCAGCUCUCCAACGUUCAGUGCAUUCAGAGUACUUCUCUCUCUAAAAUGGCCUCUCAAUGCGAUGGGAAACAGAACUGUUGGGCUUUUGCAAGUCAUAAUGUUUUCGGUGAUCCAUGCGUUGGAACUUACAAAUACCUGAAUGUUACCUACACCUGUGUCACGAGUGUCAAAGGUUUUGGACCAGACAAGCACCCCGAAAAAAGUGAGUAA